AUGGCUCAACCCUCAAGACGAGUCGCCGUCAUUGGCGCAGGCCCAGCUGGAGCUAUCGCGACCGACGCACUUGUAAAAGAACAAGCCUUCGAUACAAUAAGGGUCUUUGACAGACAACAGGUUGCAGGGGGGACUUGGGUUCUGACUCGUGAUGGGAAUAAGCCUCCAGCCAUCCCAUCCUUGAGCGACUUGGUUCGGGGUCGUGCUGAUAUACCCGUCCAAAUCCCCCCAUCAUUCCCUUGCGAGACUCCCAAGACUCCGGAGGUUAACUCACGACAGCUGCGAUAUUCUGAUACCGCAGCCCAUGAGUAUCUCCACAGCAACUUGCCACCUUCUGUAAUGGCAUUUACACAGGAGCCAAUUCCCGAAAUUGUCCCUAAAGAAGUGCUACCACAGUAUGGUCCAAUCCCAGUUUUCCGUCACCGAGAGGUUAUCCGCAACUGGGUAGAAGACAUUUUUGCCAAGACUCAGAACAGGAAAUUGAUCGAGUUCAAUACCUCGGUCGAGUUGGCAGAUAAGGUGGGCGACGAAUGGAUCUUAACGCUUCGCAAGGAACUUCCAGAGACGAAUUCGAACUAUUGGUGGCAAGAAAGGUUCGACGCCUUAAUCGUAGCCUCUGGGCACUAUCAUUUACCUUCCAUCCCGGACAUCCCCGGUUUGAUUGAGUAUGGUGAGAGGUUCCCCGGAAGAAUCAAGCAUACGAAACACUAUGACACCGCCGACGAGUUCAAAGGAAAGCGAGUAGUUGUCGUCGGUGGCUCGGUAUCUGCCUUUGACGCACUGCAUGAUAUCAAACGCACUGCCAAGCUUCCAAUCACCGCAUCUCUCCGUCGGCCUUCAGCGAUCUUUGGUUCGGCACCUUUUGAACACCCACAUAUUGAGCAAUACCCAUCGAUCUCUUCAUUUGAUCCGGUCACUGGACGAAUUAAUUUCUCAGACGGGACCUUCAAAGAUGACAUAGACGUCGUGUUGUUUGCUACCGGCUUUGAAUUCAGUUUCUCCUUCUUACCUGGUAUCAAGCCAGUUAACAAACGGAUUCCAGGUCUUUAUCAGCAUGUAUUCAAAUCAGAUGACCCAAGCCUUGCGUUCAUCGGCAUGGUUACCGGAGGAUUUGGCCUUCGUAUCUUCGAGUGGCAAGCCGUGGCAGCAGCGCGACAUUUUGCAGGCCGUGCCAACUUACCAUCAUUUGAGGAAAUGAGGGAAUGGGAGCAGCAGCGAGUGGAGGAGAAGGGUGAUGCGCCAGCCUUCUGGACGCUUCUACCAGACUUUGAGAAGCACUACGAAGCUCUGAGGGCUAUCGCUGGCGAUCCUGCCCCUGGCACAACCGGAAGAGUGCUUCCGGAGUACGACGAGAAGUGGAGUGAGUCAUUUUGGGAGCUCAUCAACGCUAGGAUAGCUUGGUGGAGGGAAGAAGCAAGAAGUGCUGAAAAGAAGUCCAAUACUCGAGUUCUUGAAUCUUCCAAGUUGGCUUAG